AUGCAUGUGAUGUCACUUUUAGCACAUGGCAUGAUUCGAAAUAGAUGGUGCAAUGAUAUGCUUAUGCAGGCGUUAUUAUAUUCAUUGAUACCGACUGAGAUACUGAGUUUUUUUGAAGAUUUUUCAAAGAAUGCAGAGAAUCGUUCUAUAUCUGAUCUGAAAUUUUCAUUAAAUCCUUUGUGUUUGUGGUGGCGAGAUUAUUUUAAGAUUACUAGACUCGGAAUUUGUUCCCGAGAUUAUGAUGAAUUUGGUGUGAAGGGAGUUUCAGAGGAAAAUCAAAAAGAUUUUGUUGAUUGGAUUCCUUCUGUCCAUGCUCUGCGAACCGCUAUUAAAGAAGGUAAAGGAAGCAAAGAUACUUCUGCCCAAUUGUUUGUUGCGUUAUUGAGAUCGUUGGGUUUUUCUGCUCGAUUGAUAAUUUCGUUACAAGCUGUUUCCUUUAAAUUUGCUACUAAAAAGCCUGUAGCAAGGAAAACACUUGUAAAACGAAAGAAUUCUGUUAAGUUGUUUCCAAAAAGUAAACAAGACGAAGAAUCUUCUAAUGUGAAUACCAAAGAAGUAAAAAGAAAACGUAACAUUAUUGGUUCUUCGAGUCGCAAAAAGAUUAAGACUGCUGAAAGUAAUGAGGGAAGUGAUGAUGAAAUUGUUACCACGGAAAAAGUUAGCAAGUAUUUCACUACUCCAGUUAAGCGAUCAAACGCGUCUCAAUCAAGAAUGAGUCCAAGUCGCAAGGCCAAAAUGGAAAAUAAUGAUUCGGAUGAUUCUGAAGAUUUUACUCCGCUUUCAAAAAAACGUUCAUUUCAUUCGUACGCUUUUCAGCCAAAGAAUGAAACCCCCGCUGUCAAAGAUGAAAGUUCAGAACAUAGUGAUCCUCAACCUUCUAGUAAAAAGAGUGUUCGCAGAUCACCUCGACUCAAAAAAACUCGAUCAAAAUCUCUGAAAAUUGAUAGUACAAGUGGAAGUGAUGAUGAAAAAAUAGAAAGCGAUUGUUAUGAGCCAAUUGUUCUUAUAGAGGCAAAAGACGAUUACGUUGAUGAGUUUAAACCAUCUCUAAAAAGAUCACGAUCAAGAGCAAAUAGCUAUGCUGAAACAAAAGAUAAUCCAAACAAUGAAUACGAGGAACCUCCGGUUUAUUGGUGUGAAUUGUACUCGGAAAUUGAUAAAAAAUGGUUUUGUGUGGAUCCAAUAAGAGCAAUAAUUGACGAUCCUCACGCUAUGGAACCAGCUAAUAAUUCUACCAAUAAUGUAAUGGCAUAUGUUGUGGCUUUUGAAAAGGACCUUUUUGUUAAGGACGUGACUCGUCGUUAUGCUUCUAAAUGGGGAGCACAUACGCGUAAAUUACGCAUUCCACCAACUAAAGACGGGUAUGAUUGGUGGCAAGAGACAUUAAGUUACCGAGCUCGACUUUAUGAAACGGAACGUGAUAAAUUGGAGGAUAAAGAAUUAUCUUCCACAGAAACUUCUGAGGCAAUCCCCAUGACCAUUAGUGCUUUUAAUAAUCAUCCAUUAUAUGCUCUUGAACGUCAUUUGAAAAAAUUCGAGAUAUUACAUCCAAAGGAACCAAUACUUGGAGAAAUUCGCGGUGAACCAAUUUAUCCGCGUGAAUGUGUUAAACAGUUGCAUACUGUUGAAACAUGGUUAAAGGAAGCUCAGGAGGUCAAGGAAGGAGAGCAACCUCUGAAAUAUGUAAAAUCUCGUGCAGUCACACUGAGUAAAAAAAAGGAAGAUAAAAUGGCCGAAUAUUUUGGUGAUGCACCAAGGGAAUCUGGAUUAUACGCAGAAUGGCAAACAGUACCAUAUAAUCCGAAACAUUUAAUUGAUGGCAAGAUUCCUGUAAAUAAGUAUGGUAAUGUGGACAUGUUCAAACCAAGCAUGUGUCCAAUCGGAGCUGUUCACAUACCAAUUCGUGGUAUUGCCAAAGUCGCAAAAAAACUUGAGAUUGAGUUUGCCGAAGCUGUUACCGGUUUCAAUUUUCAAUGUCAUCGAUGUGCGCCUAUAAUUGAGGGGAUUGUUGUCGCUAAAGAGAACGAAGAAAUUGUUCUAGAGGCAUGGAGAGAACAUUCAGAAAUUGUAGCAGCUCGAGAAGCCGCAAAACGACGAAAGGGAACAUUAGCCAGAUGGCGUAAACUUGUUGUCAAGAUGCGGAUUCGGCUACGUGUCAGUCAACAAUUUGCUGAAAAAAUAGAGGAACGGGCAGAGAGUGGAGAGAGUGAGUUUGAACAUGAAGAUGAGGACGAGUUAAUGCAUGAUGACAAUGAAGAAGAGAAAAAGCCAUAUAAGGUUAAGGUUAAGGAAGUGGAGGGUGAUGAUUAG